GGGCGGGCCGGGACGCGCGGAGGCGGCGGCGGAGCCUCCUCCUUCUGCUGCUGCGCCCCAUCCCCCAGCAGCCGGCCGGUUCCAGCCCGCACCCCGCGUCCGUGCCCGCACCCCCUCCCCCGGCCCCGCCAUGGGCCUCACCGUGUCCGCGCUCUUUUCGCGGAUCUUCGGGAAGAAGCAGAUGCGGAUCCUCAUGGUUGGCUUGGAUGCAGCUGGCAAGACCACAAUCCUUUACAAACUGAAGUUGGGGGAGAUUGUCACCACCAUCCCCACCAUAGGCUUCAAUGUGGAAACAGUGGAAUACAAGAACAUUUGUUUCACAGUCUGGGACGUGGGAGGCCAGGACAAGAUUCGGCCUCUGUGGCGACACUACUUCCAGAACACUCAGGGCCUCAUCUUCGUAGUGGACAGUAAUGACCGAGAGCGGGUCCAGGAAUCUGCUGAUGAGCUCCAGAAGAUGCUGCAGGAAGACGAGCUGCGGGAUGCGGUGCUGCUGGUGUUUGCCAACAAGCAGGACAUGCCCAAUGCCAUGCCCGUGAGCGAGCUGACCGACAAGCUGGGGCUGCAGCACUUGCGCAGCCGCACGUGGUACGUCCAGGCCACCUGUGCCACCCAAGGCACAGGCCUGUAUGAUGGGCUGGACUGGCUGUCCCAUGAGCUGUCGAAGCGCUAGCAAACCAGGGGCCGGCCCCUGCUGCCCGGAAGCUCCCGCGUGCAUCCCGGGAUGACCAGAUUCCCGGACUCCUCAGGCAGUGCCCUUCCCUCCCACUCCUCCUCUCCCACAGACACAGGCCUCUGCUCCUGCUCCUGCCUGCAUGUUCUCUCUGUCGUUGGAGCCUGGAGCCUCGCUCUCCGGGCACGGAGGGGUCCACUCUCCUGCCUGCUGGAGCCUGUGGAAGGGACCUCCAGGGCUAAGGCCCCUUUUUCCAGAGGAGGAGCAGGGAUCUGGGUUUACUUUUGUUUUUUCCAUUUUGGGUGUACCCUUGGGGCCAGAUGGGGAGGGAAGGUGAGGGCUCCGGGUGGUGCUAUGAUGUGGCACUGGAUAUUGAGUAAUAAAUUUGCUGUGGUUUGUA